AUGCUCCGUUUUGCGGCUGGCCGUGUGUUAGGCGGACUUCGCAAUGCCGCUGGGCUGAAGAACAGCCAAUCGAUGGUCGGUGCGAUGGUUGUGCGUCACUCGCACAGCACCGAAACGGACGAGGAGUUCGAUAGCCGCUACGAGGCAUACUUCAACCGGCCGGAAAUCGAUGGCUGGGAGGCACGAAAGGCGAUGAACGAUCUGCUCGGCAUGGAUUUGGUGCCGGAGCCGAAAAUUAUCGUGUCCGCGCUCAAGGCGUGUCGUCGUCUGAACGACUAUGCGCUGGCCAUCCGUUUUCUGGAGGGUGUGAAGGACAAGUGCGGUGACAAGACAAACGAAAUCUACCCCUAUCUGCUGCAGGAAAUCCGCCCCACUCUGACGGAACUCGGCAUCGACACACCAGAGGAGCUGGGCUACGAUCAGCCGGAGUUGGCAUUGAAAUCAGUGUACGACAUGCACUAAAUCUUCGUUUAAUUUCCUCAUGCCUGAGUGUGUGGUGCGUUGCCC